AUGGGCUCGCUCCACCACUUCUUAGGGAUCAACGUGCAUCACCACACCACCGGCCUCCACCUCUCCCAAGAACAGUAUGCCCUUGAGAUCCUUGAUCGCGCCGGCAUGUUAAACUGCAAACCUGCGCCCACACCCGUCGACACCACCUCCAAGCUGUCCGCCACCGCCGGCGCACCCUUUCAUGAUCCCUCCCUUUAUCGCAGCCUUGCAGGGGCAUUACAGUAUCUCACCCUCACCCGGCCUGAUAUCUCCUACGUUGUUCAGCAGUGUUGCUUGUUCAUGCACGAUCCCCGCGAAGCUCACUUCCAGCUAGUCAAGCACGUUCUGCGCUACGUCCGCGACACCACUCAGCUCAGCUUGCAGUUCUACAGAUCAUCUGGCGGCGACCUCACGGCGUACUCGGACGCUGACUGGGCGGGGUGCCCCGACACCCGCAAGUCGACCUCCAGGUUUGCCGUCUUCCUCGGCAACAAGCUGGUCAGCUGGUCCUUGAAACGGCAGAACACGGUUUCCCGCUCCAUCGCGGUGGCCGAGUACAAGGGCAUCGCCAGCGCCGUUGCCGAGGCGGUGUGGCUUCGUCAACUCCUCACCGAACUCCGACGGCCGCCGCAACGAUCGACCAUCGUCUACUGCGACAAUGUCAGUGCUAUGUACAUGUCCAGCAACCCUGUCCAGCACCAGAGGACUAAGCACGUGGAGAUCGACCUCCAUUUUGUCCACGAACGCAUCUCCUUGGGCGAGAUCUGCGUUCUCCACGUACCGACCUCGUCGCAGUUCGUUGAUGUCUUCACCAAGGGGCUUCCGACCACUGUCUUCGCCGCCUUUCGAGCCAGCCUCAACGUCCGUUCUCACCCCGCUUCGGCUGCCGGGGGGGAGGUGCUCGAAGACACCACUCAACGCACGUACAGAAGGCCAACGAGAUGGUCCGAGUCCCACGGUGACCACGCUCCCACGAUCGCCAGCCACUCCGCAUGCAGCGUAGUCGCUCCACCUCCUGCGUAG